CAACCCAGUGCACAUUAUAUCUCGUCAGAUAUAAAAUUAUUAAAGUAAAUGCAGACGACGACGAUCAGGAAAGACAAUCUCGCCGGUUAACGGUGGCGACGUGUGUCUCAUACUUUAAUUACCAUCUUUUCAAUCAGGUUCUUCGAUUAACAACUUCAAUUUUGAUCCAUCAAUCCGUAUAGCCGUUUCGUUGAGAUAAAUGGCGUCUUCGGCGGAUCCAUGGACGAGGGAAUAUAGUGAGGCUUCUAAACUUGCUGAUGAUAUCACCAACAUGAUAUCGGAGAGGAGUUCGUUUGGGACAGGGCCGGAAGCACAGCGGCAUUCGUCCGCGAUUCGGAGAAAAAUCACGAUAUUAGGGACCAGGCUUGAUAGCUUACAGUCUCUUUUGACGAAGCUUCCUGCUAAACAACCAUUAACAGAGAAAGAAAUGAAUAAACGCAGGGACAUGCUUACAAAUUUGAGAACAAAAGUAACACAGAUGGCCUCUACAUUGAACAUGUCAAACUUUGCUAAUAGAGACAGCUUGCUUGGGCCAGAUAUUAAGCCAGCUGAUGCCAUGACCAGAGUAUCUGGUUUAGACAACUCUGGUAUUGUUGGGCUUCAGAGACAAAUUAUGAGAGAACAAGAUGAAGGGCUAGAGAAACUGGAGGAAACAGUGAUAAGCACCAAACAUAUUGCUUUAGCGGUCAACGAGGAACUUGACCUGCACACUAGACUCAUUGAUGACCUGGAUGAACACGUAGAAGUUACAGAUUCCCGACUCAAGAGAGUGCAGAAGAAUUUGGCUAUUCUGAACAAGCGAACCAAGGGCGGUUGCUCCUGUUUGUGCAUGCUACUGUCGGUGAUUGGGAUUGUUGUCCUGGUUGUGGCUCUUUGGCUGAUCAUAAAGUACUUGUGAAUGUGAAGUGUAUCUACCUAUGUUUUGUGUGAAAAAUGGCUUCUUAUGCUGGUGAUUCGAGUGCUUUGCUUGUGUAGUUAUUCAUGUUCUGUUUAAAAUGAAACAGCUUUUGAGUGCAUAUAUGCUGGUUUCUUGAAUGUUUGAUGCUAUUUCUACUGUGUUCGUGUUACCGAAAAACAAAAUUUGAGUUGCUAAAUCUUUGUUGUUUAGUCAUUUAUUGUGAUAAUUCAAGUUGCUGAAUGUCUCGACUUUC